GGUACUGUCUGCUCCUGCUGAACGGGCAGCCGUGGUUCCAGCACCGGAGGAUGCUGACCCCAGCCUUCCACUACGACAUCCUGAAGCCCUACGUGAGGCUCGUGGCCGACUCUGUGCGCGUGAUGCUGAUGCCCUACACCACCAUGUGCAUCAAGGAGUCGCUGAGACUCUACCCGCCGGUGCCCGGUAUUGGCAGGGAGCUCAGCAAGCCCAUCACCUUCCCUGAUGGACGCUCCUUACCGAAAGGAUUCACAGUGUCACUCUUCAUUUAUGGGCUGCACCACAACCCAAAGAUGUGGACAAACCCAGAGGUGUUUGACCCGUCCAGGUUUGCUCCUAAUUCUGCUCGGCACAGCCACGCUUUCCUGCCCUUUUCGGGCGGGUCACGGUGA